UUUAAGAAAGAGAGAGAGGAUGGCAAGAUCCAUGCAUGGAGUACUAGUAACAAGCAGGGAACAAGAACAACCCUUUGCCCUCUCCAUUGCCUCACCAUCACCACAACUAGUUCCUACAAAUCCCACAUCAAAAAAAUUCUCUUUACCAGUAGAUUCAGAGCACAAAGCCAAAUCCAUCAAACUCUUCUCCUUCUCCCAACCCCACAUGAGGUCCUUCCACCUCUCAUGGAUCUCCUUCUUCACCUGCUUCGUCUCCACCUUCGCUGCUGCCCCUCUCGUCCCCAUCAUCCGCGACAACCUUAACCUAACCCGAUCCGACAUUGGAAACGCCGGUGUCGCCUCCGUUUCCGGAAGCAUCUUCUCCAGACUCGUAAUGGGCCUAGUCUGUGACCUCAUAGGCCCAAGAUACGGCUGUGCAUUUCUCAACCUCUUAGCAGCCCCAACUGUGUUUUGCAUUUCGUUCGUGUCAUCGGCUGGAGGGUACGUUGCUGUCCGGUUCAUGAUCGGAUUCUCUCUUGCGACGUUUGUGUCGUGCCAGUACUGGGUUAGCACCAUGUUUAAUGGUGAGAUUAUUGGGCUUGUUAAUGGGACUAGUGCUGGGUGGGGUGAUAUGGGUGGUGGAGUCACUCAGCUCUUAAUGCCUUUUCUUUUUCAUGUGAUUAAAUUGUGUGGAGCCACUCCUUUCACUGCCUGGAGGAUUGCAUUCUUCAUUCCAGGGUGGCUUCAUGUGAUUGUAGGGGUGAUGGUGUUAGUCCUUGGCCAAGACUUGCCUGAUGGGAACCUCAGUACCCUACAGAAGAGGGGUGAUGUUCCCAAAGAUAAGUUUUCAAAGGUGUUCUGGAAUGCAGUAAAAAAUUACAGAACUUGGGUUUUCUUCCUCCUCUACGGCUAUUCCAUGGGCAUUGAACUAUGCAUAAACAAUGUCAUUGCAGAGUAUUUCUACGACAGGUUCAAUCUCAAGCUCCACACCGCCGGAAUCAUUGCAGCCACCUUUGGCAUGGCCAACAUCGUGGCUCGGCCUUUCGGAGGAUACGCUUCUGACCUAGCAGCCAAAAACUUCGGCAUGAGAGGCCGGCUCUGGACUCUCUGGGUCCUCCAAACCCUAGGAGGACUCUUCUGCAUUUGGCUUGGCUUUGCGAAUUCUCUUCCAGUCGCCAUACUAGCCAUGGUCCUCUUCUCCAUUGGAGCUCAGGCCGCGUGCGGAGCAACAUAUGGUAUAAUCCCUUUUGUUUCGUGGCGGUCUCUGGGCCUUCUGUCUGGUUUAACCGGAGCCGGAGGGAACUUUGGAGGUGGAUUGACUCAGCUAGUGUUCUUUUCGGGCUCAAAAUACUCCACCGCGAGAGGGCUGACGUGGAUGGGGGUUAUGGCGGUGGCUUGUACUCUUCCGGUGGUGGUGGUGCACUUUCCGCAGUGGGGAAGUAUGUUCUUGCCGCCAUCGAAAGGUGGAAAGUGCACUGAAGAAGAGUACUACUCGGCAGAGUGGAAUGAUGAGGAGAAACAGAAGGGUUUGCACCAUGGUAGUCUUAAGUUUGCAGAAAACAGUCGGUCGGAGCGUGGGAAGAGAAAUGCAUCACCACCAUCACCAACCCCGCCGGAGUCGACUCCAAUCCAUGUUUAGUGCUUCAUAAUAUUGUUUUUAAAUAAUAGUAUCAAAAUAUAUA